AUGUCCAGCACUAUCAAGAAUGUUAUUGUGGUGCCAGCAAGCGGGCUCGUAGGGAAGGCUGUAGUUGCUGCCCUCCUCGAGUCCCCAUAUGGGUAUUCCGUCUCAGCUCUCACACGAGAGGAGUCCAGCUACACUCCACCAGCCGGCGUGACUCACCUCAGAAGCGACUACUCACAUGAGUCCCUCGUCAAGGCACUUAAGGGACAAGACGCAGUGGUAUCAGCCGCCGCAAGUGGGACUAUCCCUCUGCAGAUCAAGGUAAUCGACGCUGCAAUCGAGGCGUGUGUCAGGAGAUUCGUUGCGAGCGAUUAUGGUAGCGAUACAAGAAAUAAGCACUCGCAUGCACGCGUGCCGUUCUUUGCUGCGAAACAUCAGAUUCAAGAAUAUCUAAAGGAGAAAGAGGGCCAGAUUGAAUGGACUAGUCUCUUCACAGGGCCUUUUUUGGACGGAGGCAUCAAAUCCGGUUUCCUCGGCUACGACCUCGCUAACAAAACCGCCACUCUCUGGGACGAGAAAUACAAAGAUGCAACCUUCACAGGCACCCGCUUAUCCCUCAUCGCCAAAGCCGUCGUCCAAUCCCUCUCCCCCUCUAUUGCCGACAAGACAGCCAACAAAGUCCUCCCCAUCGCCGAUGCUGCCGUGACUCCCUCAACGUUACUCGCUGCCCUUGAAAAGGCGACUGGUUCAACAUGGACGCGGAAGAAUGUCGACUUCGAUGAGCUGACGAAGAAAGGGCUUGAAAAUGUCGCAAGGGGGGAUUUUAGCCUGGUGGGUGUGCUGAUUGUGGGGAACCUUUUGGAUGUCCAGUCUGAGAAUGAUUUUGAGGCGAGGGGGAUUUUGGAGAAUGAGUUAUUGGGGAUUGAAGGGAUUGGGUUGCAGAAGGUUGUUAAUGAGGUUGUUGCGGAGUUUAAUGCUGUGGAAUAG